ACCCGGAAAAGGAGUGCGGAAGAUUAGUGUAUUGCAAAAACUCCACUUCGAUAAGAAUCCCUUUAAAUAAACACAAUUAUGCUUACUUCGUUACAUGUAUGGGACUUUUAACUCUUUCGGUCAACUUUCACGUCGAGGAAGUGAAGGGUGAAGCCUGAAAAGACAACACCGGAACACUGGAACGAUAACAAAUGUAUGUGGUAUUUAAACAUGAACGAACGGCAGUGCCUUCUCUUAUGAAUGCCUUGCAUCCCCCAAAAUGUGGCAGCUUUGCGAUUUAUACCAGCUCUUCUGUGUUCUAUGUGAAUUGAGCUGACUCUGGAUCAGUGGUUCGAGCACCAAAACACAAUGGCCAGAAUAUCCUGGUAUCAAGAGAAGAUAGGCGCCUACGACCAACAAGUUUGGGAGAAAUCGCUGGAGCAGACAGACUUAAAUGGUUUGGACAGCAAACCGAGGAAAACCGGUCACAUCAAGUCAGACCUCAUCGAUGUCGACUUAGUAAGAGGGUCCACAUUCAGCAAAGCCAAGCCAGCACGUCCAUGGACAGCUUUGACUCGCAAGGGUCUGGUCAGAGUGUUACUGUUUCCUUUCUUUUUCCCGUGGUGGAUCCAGGUCACAUCCAAAUCCAUCUCCGUUUGUAUUCUGGUGCUGUACUUCAUGCAAGUGGCCGCAGUGCUCCUCUACAUGGAGGUCCCCAGUGCCACUGCCAGUGAGGUGUUUGGGCCUAUGUGUCUGAUGCUGUUGCUAGGCACCGUGCACUGCCAGAUUGUGUCCACCGAGUGUAGCCGGUGGCCCUUGAGUGGUCUAUCUCCCGGCAAUAGCAAUAGUGGCACCAGCCCGGCCCGUAGGAGGAGGCCCAGGAAGGGCAGAGGCCAGAAGAAAUCUGACGAGAAGAAUGAGAGCGAGGACAUGGAGCAGCAAGGCUCGUCACAGUUAGACGAAAUCCAGCAAUUAAACAGAAAAGAUGAGAGAAGAAGCAAAAGAAAAUCAGGUUUCGGAGCGUCUGACGAGCUCUCUAGUGAGGAAGAAGACGGAGUGCAAUCAGUGGAAGUGCCACCCGCAGUGCCGAGGUUGAGGAAGCCCAACCCAAAAGCUGCAACGAGGCCUCAGCAGGAAGGUGGCGGGGCCUUGAGGGUGAAGCCACGCGAGGUGGAGCGCCUCAGACCGAGCGUGGGCAGCCGUUUGGCCUCCGACACUGACGACACCAUGUGGGAGGAGCUUCUCCAGGGCUCAGACUCUGCCUCGACGGGAAGCAGCGACAGUGAUGAUAAUGGGAGGUUCGCUGCCAGUUUGGCGCUCCAGCAGACCACCACGUUGAGUAGCGAUGAUGAGAGCCUGCAAGGCAUCACUGGACACCAACUGUCCUGGUUCCAGGCGUGCCAUCCUUCCAAGGACCGCGUCAGUGCCAUCAUAUGGGAGCAGGGCGAGUGUAAGAAAGCAGACAUGUCCGUGUUGGAGAUCAGCGGGAUCAUCCUCACUCGGGUGAAACUAGCAGAGCAAGGCGUGGGCUACCUGGUGUUUGGUGGACUGGUGACCGCCACGCUGGCGCUGCUGCCCUUUGCCUUCCGCUUGGCCCAGCGUCUAGACGUGUCCAGCCUCUGCUCGCUGUCGGCGUCCGAUCUGGUGGAGAUAGUGUUCAGUCCGGCCAGUUUUCACGCUUACGCCUUUUUCUUCAUCACAACGGUGCUGAGAGUGUGUCUCACAGGGUUGUUCUUCUUCAUGAUGUGUGUGGCUGAGAGGACAUACAAGCAGAGGCUUUUAUUCGCCAAACACUUCAGCCACCUCACGUCAGCCCGCAAAGCCAAAAAGUCAGAGAUCCCUCACUUCCGCCUGAAGAAGGUGCAGAACAUCAAGAUGUGGCUGUCGCUGCGCUCCUUCCUCAGGAGGCGUGGCCCGCAGCGCUCCGUCGACGUCAUUGUGUCCACCAUCUUCCUGCUGGCCCUCUCCACCUCAUUCAUCAUCUGUGCACAGCUUUUACAAAGCCACAAAACCUUCCUGGAGUCACUGACCAACUGGGAGCUGAUGUUGUGGACCUCGUCGCUUGUUCUUUUCCUGCUAAGACUCGCCACACUGGGAUCAGAGACUAACUGCAAAUAUAGCAACUCCUCUGUGUUGCUCACUGAGCAGAUCAACUUGUAUCUCAAGAUGGAGAAAAAGCCCAACAAGAAAGAAGAGCUCAAUAUAGUGAACAAUGUCUUAAAGCUCGCUACUAAACUGAUGAAGGAGCUGGACACUCCUUUCCGCCUUCUCGGUCUGACCGUCAACCCACUCAUCUACAACAUCACCAGGGUGGUCAUCUUGUCGGCUGUUUCUGCCGUGGUCAGUGACCUGCUGGGCUUCAACAUUAGAUUGUGGAAAAUCAAACCUUAAUGUGAACGCGCCAAAAAGCACUUAACAUACCCAGAAGGUCAGACAGACGCCGGCGGCCACCUCUUGCCUUCACUACUCGUGCAAACCUACUGACCACAUGUCAUCACACACUUAACACCUUUGACCCUUGAAUGUGGCUAAAAAUAACCAUGACAGAGUGAAACUUGAGAGUAAACCAGACAAACAAUGUAAUGAAGUAUUAACCACAUAAUGAUACGCCAUGCUAGCAAAUAAGCACGGGUGGUCAGCUUAAGGAAAGUGGGAAUUACAUGUAUUUAUUUUUAGCACUUUUGUGUUCUCUUACCACUAUCUGCCUUCCCUAUUGAGGACCACUGGUGAAUAGAACUAUGCAAUGAAUUCAUGAAAUGUUUCAUAGAAUAAAACAUUUUUACUCCA